GAGAGAGAGAGAGAGAGAGAGAGCGAGAGAGAGAGAGAAGGGACAAGAAGGUUUGUGUUGAAGGGAGAGAGCCAGAUUGAAGGAGAGAAGAGAGGAGCAGAGACACAGAGAAGAAGGAAGAAAAGAGAGAAAGCAAGGGAUUUACAAUCAAGCCUAAUUCCUUCACCCCUGGGAAUCGCCUGGUGAAUGAGUGAGAUAGUGGAGAGAGACUGCGAGACAGAGACGCACGCACACACACUCACACAUAUACACACACUCACACAAACACACACACACACACACACACACACAAGGAGCUCCAGAGAGGGACAGAGAGUGAGUGGGACAGACAGGCAUGUGCAGUAGAAGCCAGAGCCAGAGAGAGAUGCAGAGGAGGAGGCUUUGACACAGAACAUCCGGCGGAUUGGACAAUUCUCACACACAAAACAAGUGUGUGAGGGCGAGUAGGGCAAAAUAAGAACCAGCGGAGAGUCAUCAGGACAUUGAAGAGAAAACAUCAACAACAACACAAGACAGCGAGAUCAAGACUAGUGUGUGUGUGUGUGUGGGCACACAGGGGUAAGAGGCAGGCAGGUACGCAGACAGGUGGACGGCUCCGUCAUGCUCUCGGUGCUGCUGCUGCUCUGUGUGGCUGGAGGUACAUGGGCUCACAGACCCGACCAGGACCGACCGCAGCGGGGACAGGGGCCGGCGGGGCCCACGCUGUGCCCGGCCCCAUGUCAUUGUGAGGAAGACGGCAUCUACGUCAUAGUGGACUGCUCCGAACUGGGACUAUCGUCCGUGCCGGAGAACCUCAGCCCGUUUACCUCCUACCUGUAAGGAUACGGACAGCGCCUGGACGCCAACCUCCUGUCUGAGGUCCCUGCAGGGGCCUUCGGGGGGGUGGGCUCCCUGAGACACCUGUGGCUGGACGACAACUCCCUGACGGAGAUCCCCGUGGCCGCGCUGGACUCUCUGCCCUCCCUGCAGGCCAUGACCCUGGCCCUCAACCGGAUCACGCACAUCCCCGACCACGCCUUCACCAACCUCUCGGCCCUGGUGGUGCUGCACAUUCAUAACAACCAGAUCCAGAGCCUGGGAGAGAGAUGCUUCGAGGGCCUACAGAGUUUGGAAACCCUGGAUCUGAACUAUAAUGAUCUGCAGGAGUUCCCUGUGGCCAUCAGGACACUGACUAAGCUUCAGGAACUGGGAUUCCACAACAACAAAAUCAGAUCCAUCCCAGAGAGGGCCUUCGUGGGAAACCCACAGCUUCAGACCAUCCAUUUCUAUGAAAAUCCCAUCCAGUUUGUGGGCAAAUCCGCUUUCCAGUUCUUACCCAAGUUGCACACGCUUUCCCUGAAUGGUGCGACUCAGAUUCAACAGUUUCCUGACCUAAAAGGAACCACCAGCCUGGAAAUACUGACCCUCACUAGGGCAGGGCUCUCCGCUCUCCCCCAGGAUCUGUGUGAGCAGCUGCCUCGCCUCAGAGUGCUGGAAUUGUCUCAUAACCAGAUCAAGGAUCUACCCAGCUUUUACGACUGCUCUGCACUGCAGGAAAUCGGGCUACAGCAUAACCAGAUCAGAAGGAUUGAAUCAAGCACAUUCCAACAGCUGGUUUCUUUACGGGCUUUAGAUCUGAGCUGGAAUAUCAUUGAGUGGAUCCAUCCAGAUGCGUUCGCCUCUCUCCACUCCCUGCUUAAACUGGAUUUGACAGAGAACCGCCUCAGCUCCGUACCGGUUGGAGGCCUGGUUGGGCUCACUCAUCUCAAGCUAAGAGGCAAUACAGAUCUGUAUGAGGCCUUUAGCCCAGAGUACUUCCCCCGUAUGAGGGUCAUAGAGAUGCCCUACGCCUACCAGUGCUGCGUCUACGGCUCGUGUGACAGCUACAAGUCUGCCGCGCAGUGGGACACGGAGCAGGGCAUCGGCGACGACGACCCCCACAAGAGGACCAUCGCCCUUUACCCCGGCCACACAGACACACACUAUGACCCUGACCUGGAAGAGUUCCAGCUGGAAAUUGAGGAAUCCAAACUACAGACCAGUGUUCAGUGCACACCUAAUCCAGGUCCUUUCCGCCCCUGUGACUCUCUGCUGGGCAGCUGGCUGGUGCGCGUGGGCCUGUGGGCCAUCUCCUUCGUGUCCGUCUUGGGGAACUUCAUGCUGCUCCUCUCACUCUUCGGCUCGGCCGGAUACCUCUCCCCGCUACGCUUCACCGUGGCCUGCAUGGGCGCCUCCAACCUGCUGACGGGCGUGUGCACGUGCACCCUGGCCCUGGUGGACGCCCUGACCUUCGGCGAGUUCGGUCACCACGGCGCCCGCUGGGAGGGCGGUCCCGGUUGCCAGGCGACGGGCUGGGUGUGGGUGUUCUCCUCCGAGGCGAGCGUGCUGCUGUUGACGCUGGCGGCCGUGCAGUGCGGCGUGAGCGUGACGUGCGUCCGGGCCUACGGGAAGUCCCCGUCGCUCGGCAGCGUCCGCGCCUGUUCCCUCUUCUGCCUCACCCUCUCCCUCACCCUGGCCUCCCUCCCGUUGGUGGGAGUGGGGGAGUACGGCUCCUCGCCGUUCUGCCUGCCUUCCCCCCUGCCACCCUCGUCCUCCCAGCCCCACUCCUCCAUCGGCUUCCCCCUGGCUCUGAUCAUGAUGAACACCCUGUGCCUGCUGAUAGUGACCGGCUCCUACAUCCGCCUGUACUGGGAGCUGCUGAGGGGAGAGUGUGAGGGGCUGUGGGACUGUGCCAUGAUCAAGCACGUGGCCUGGCUCAUAUUCACCAACGGCCUCCUGUACGUGCCGGUGGCCAUCCUGUCCCUCUUCUCCCUGCUGGGCCUCCUGUCUCUGGGUCAGGAGGUGCUCAAGUCAGUGCUGCUGCUCCUUCAGCCCCUGCCCUCCUGCCUCAACCCGCUCCUCUUCCUGCUCUUCACGCGAGACUCCUCCCAGUUCUUCUUCUUUUGGCCCCGCCCUAAAGCAUGCCCGCAGCUCCGCCGCGACCACCCGCACGACUCGCUGAUGUCGGUGGAGACGGAGAAGAGCUCCUGCUCCGAGUCGUCGGCGCAGCUUUCCCUCAACGAGUCCGACGGCCUGUACAGCGACGGGCCUGCCCCCACCAGGUCCAAUCCAAUCAGGUUCUCCAACUGCUCCUCGACGUCCUCUUCUGUCCCGCUCAUCCCCUGUCAGAUACCUUCUCCGAGGCCCAUAGACAGAGUGACGGAGAGGCUGAGCCUGGGAAACGAUGGCCGUCUCAAAGGCUUUGACGGGGGUGAAGGCAGCCACACCUGCUCCUUCCACCCCUCCUCCAUGCCGCCCUCCAUCGCCUCCCCUCCCUGACUCCCACAUCAUAUGGUAAAAGUCUGGAAACAGUGGACUCUCUUGGACCACCUUGGUUUCACAGCAGCAUAGAACCAGGGCCAAGUUAUUCAUCUUCCAAGUUACUGAAAACAGGCACGAAAAACAAGCAAAUAAGUGCACGGAAUCCAAAACCCUGCACCAACAGUCUUCAAGAAGCAAAAGAAGAAAAGACUAAUCAAAUAAAACACCCCAUAAUAUUGGCAUCUGGGGUGGUGGAGUCUUUUUCAGACACUUUGGAGUGGAUUGAGUCAGUCGUGUACAAUCCAUGAAGAACACAGAGCUCAAAUCAUAGUGGUCUAGACAGGGCAGUUUAAGUAGAGCCUUAAAAUGUUUAAAGUGUAAAUGUUAAUAUUGAUAUAUGUUGUUAAGAUGGUUAGGCAAAUUAUUGAUAGUUUGGUUGUGUUUAAGAGUUUGAUGUUAUUGUUUUUUUAAAUACAAGCUCUCUUACUGCUAUGGUUAACUUCAAAUAUAAGGGAUCAAUUAAGUUAAACAAGGACAGGUAGUUUCAUCAGAGUAUGCUCAACUAUGUUUUUUGGUUUUUGCAUGACUCAUUUCAUCAACAAAACUGCCUUUUGUGAUAGCCAAAAUACAACAGGAAACAGACAGCACAUAUAGUUUACAUGUUUUAUGGUCUAUUAAUGCAACUUUCCAGACAAGAGGCAAUAAGUCAUACAGACUGGGAUGUAACUAGGAUCUUAUUACAGACUGUUAGCUAGAGUAGGCUAGCAAUAUGUAUAUGCAAUGUAACUACCUCUGAACUAGCAUGCUAUUGAUUCACUAUAGCCUUAUGUUUCUCAUUUUUAUAUUAUAUACAAAAAUAUAAUUUUAUAAGAAAUAAAUCUUAGUUUGUAAUAAAAAACAACUGUCUUGCCAUUGUAUAGCUUAAGUUUGCAUUGUGAUGGAUGCAUUGAAACACCCUUCCCAGGACACCCAUCUUCAGCAAAGUGAUGCUAUAUCUGAACAUAUACACAAAUGAAAUAUGACGAAACAAAAAGGUUAGUUGAAGAGCAAACUUUUUAUUUAAACUACUUUGAGCAGCCUUACAGAUAUUUGAAUAAAAACAUAUAUCAAAGAUUAAGAAGAUAUAUUCAUAAAGUAUACAACAAUAAAUAUUAUGCAUCUACUGACAUUGACAAUUUAAAAAAAAAACCAGUAAUCAUCAACCUCAGAGUGUGUUAAUUGCGUUCAAACACUCAAAUUAUCCAGUAAUGAGCUACAAACAUGCUCUCUUUGCAUCCUCUGGCUUUUUCUUGUUUUCCUCCAAUGUGUCCACAGAAUCUCUUUUGCGGGAUGUUUUCAGAUCUGGAGAAGAUUGGUCUUGGCUCUUGAGGGAACCCUGCAAACAACCGCACGACAAUGACGAUCACAUUUCUCCCAACGAUUGAUUCUCAACAUUUGAGAAUCAAUCCAACAAUCAACAUUUCUCAACAAAACGGACCAAAAAAAGAACUGCUUUGUUGCAUAUGUAACGUUAAUUAACUAUUUCAACUACUAUCCCCAUAAAAAAAUGGGGUCAUAGCCCCAUCAAGUGGUGAGAUCUAUAACUACAUCAUGUGCGGUAAAUAGAAUGGAUUUAUCCAGGGCCAGACUACAUGUGUUACUACCUACCGUGUUUUUCUGGAUUGCAUGUUUCUCAGUCCACUUUCUGGCAUUCUCCACAAACAGCUGUUUAUUGUAUUUAAAUUCUGACGACUGCAAUAAAAAAGUAACACGGUUGACUCUUUAAAUAUUGAAUUAGCAGCAAUAAAUAGUACAACAGGGUUCAAGGUAAAAAUUUGCCCACAAACACACUGGCAGAGACAGUUUUGACCCUCAGUUGAGUUUAUGUUGUUGUUUACCUGGCUUCACUACGCUGCAAGCUGGUGUCAGGCUUUAGCAGUCAUGGGCAAAUGGUUUGGUAUUGUUCAAAAUAACUAAUGCUGGAGGAUUUAGAUUUUAUAACAAACAUAUUUGUUUUAAUAUAUCACAUUUGUUUAGCACUGGUCGAUUGCGACAGCGAGUUGUAUGUUUCACUGUCCCAUCGGGCUUUCGAUAUUGUUGAACCCUGAAUAACUAAAUUUCCUUGAAGCAUAAGACAAUAUAACCAUGUUACAAUAUAUUGUUUCAGUAUGAAACAUUGUGAGCAGAAAUUAAAGUAGCACAAUCUGAAACCCUACUACGAUCUGUUAAUAAUAUACAUACACAAACACAAACAGUGACAACUUUAGUUUUUCCAGGUGUUUCAAUGUAUAAUAGAGCCUCACUAUGUCAGCCAUGAGCGGAUCAUCAGGGUUGGGUUCAGCCAUCAGAAGCUGGAUGGACGUGAGGAUCGUGGAGAUGUUGAGAGAUGGUCUCCAGGCACC